CUUUGACUGACAAGGAUGCCUGCCUGAAGCAGGGCUUGUCCCAACUUGGGGACAGGAGGUGGCUUUGUGAGCAUCACGUUCAGGAGAUGGCUUUGCUGUGUUACAACAGGGGCUGUGGGCAGAGAUUUAACCCAGAGGAGAACACCCAUGACUCCUGUCUCCAUCAUCCAGGUUUCCCUAUCUUCCAUGAUGCCUUGAAGGGCUGGUCUUGCUGCAAAAAACGAACCACCGACUUCUCUGAAUUCCUCUCUAUAAAGGGCUGUGCGAAAGGGUGUCACAGCAAUGAGAAGCCCCCAGAGCCUGAGGUGGUCUUGGAAGAGUCAAAGAACAAAACUAGCUCGGAGAUCAUUGUUCAGGGGCCAAAGUCGGCAGAGAUGAUGGAGCGUGAGAGACCCAGUUCAGAUGAACCAAUGAAGUUACUGCCGGUGAAGGUAUCUGGGUCUUUAGAGCAGGCCCUAAAGAAGCUGGAUUUGUCAUCCAAGGAGCAAUCAACAGUGCAAGACACUGGUGCUAUCCUGCAGGCGAACCUUGGCACAACCUGCAAGAACUCUGGCUGCAAGGCGGUUUACCAGGGGGAAGAGAGCAACAUGGAGACUUGCAUAUUCCACCCUGGGAUCCCUGUCUUCCAUGAGGGCAUGAAGUAUUGGAGCUGCUGUGCAGUUAAAACAACAGACUUCACUGCAUUCCUGGAGCAGAAAGGCUGCAGCAGAGGGAAGCACACUUGGCAGAAAAAGCAGGACAAGAAACUGGUGUCUUGCCGGCAUGACUGGCACCAAACUAUCAGCCAAGUGGUGGUGACUAUCUAUGCCAAGACCCCUCUGCCAGAGCUCAGUUUUGUGAAGGCCAAUCGUACUGUGCUCGACAUCCAUGUCGUCUUUGAGGGUGACAAGAUUUUCCAGGCACAGCUGGAACUCUGGGGGGUCAUCAAUGUGGAGAAAAGCUCUGUGGCUAUGGUGCCCUCCAAGGUGGAAAUUACCUUACCGAAGGGCAGUCCUGUCACCUGGGCCAGAUUGGAGUACCCACAGAGCAGAGCCCAAGGCAAGCAGCAGCAGGAAGCAGAUACUGUGGAAAGCCAGGAAGCCACAGGAGCUCCCAAGGAGGAGUCAGAUGAUAGCUUGAGCUGGUCGGAUGAAGAUGAGGAGCAGUGGGAGGAAGGAGGCCCAGGCAAGACCCUUUCCAGCCCAGUUUCUGAUGGCAACUGAGUGCCUGUGGCCACUGGAUUCUGAGGCUGGGGGCAGGAGAUCGUGGCCCUUUUCUCCUUGAAGGCACUACUCUCAAUGACAAACUAGAAGGGCAGCAACUCUGUGGUACAGCAGGAGUGGUUGCUGUGAGGCAGAAGUACCCACUGUUCCUCUUCUGGCGAGACCUUUAGGGCUGCCUGGCCUAUUGAUAAAGGGGAUGGCAGUGGAGAGCCAGGGAUUGUGGUACUGGCACCUUUUUGGCUCUCAGUAUGCAGAUGUUUCUUACCUCUGAAAUAAAAUAUGUUUUGUUGA